AUGGUCAUGUUUUGGAAGGGUUUUUUCACCUCUAACUUGAAAGUGGACUGGGAUGUUCUCAGGUUGAGAGUAUCUCAUAUGGAAGCAGUGUUUCGCCGGUGCCCCAUCCUCUCUUUUGCUCCUAGUUGUUUUUUAAACGGGAAGUCAUCACUGCUAAAUAUUGCCCUAAAGUGUUCUGUGAUGACGGGUCCUUCUGACCAAGCUCCGUCCUCUUCAACCUUCUUGUGCAACAACAAACAUCUUGACUCCAAAUAUGAGUUAAAAUCAAUUCCAGGUCAUGUUAUCGUACCGACUGGCCGGACCGCUAUCUCCAGGUGCCCUUUCUUGGAUUCAGAGUUGGUACAGAAAAACAGUAAAGUAGUGAUGGAGGCCAGCAGGGAAAUGCGGGAGGAUGUCACAAUUCAAACUGCCACUAUGGAGGCACAUUUUGACACGUCUUCCAAUGUAUCACACCUUCUGAAUGACAAUCUUCCAGAAGAUGUAGCCUUUAAGUAUGAUGAAUUUUUUGAGGACAAAAUUGAAAGCAAAAAAAGGGAUCACAGCUACAGAAUUUUUAAGACCGUCAACCGAAAUGCAGUUUCUUUCCCAAUGGCGGACAUCUACUCAGAUCCCUGUGAUGUGAAAAGAGAUGUAUCAGUAUGGUGCAGCAAUGACUAUCUCGGCAUGAGUCGUCACCCCAAAGUCACCAAUGCUAUCCUGGAUACUUUGAAAAAACAUGGUGCUGGUUCUGGAGGCACAAGAAACAUUUCAGGGACCAGUAAAAUCCACAUGGAUCUGGAAUAUGAGCUUGCUGACUUGCACAGCAAAGAUGCCGCACUGCUCUUCACUUCCUGUUUUGUAGCUAAUGACUCCACAUUGUUCACUUUGGCCAAAGUUUUACCAGGUUGUGAAAUUUACUCUGACGCAGGCAACCAUGCCUCAAUGAUUCAAGGUGUACGAAACAGCUGUGUCAGGAAGUUUGUUUUCCGUCAUAAUGAUGUCAGUCACCUGCAAGAGCUGUUAGAGAGGUCUGACCCCUCCAAACCAAAGAUUGUGGGCUUUGAGACUGUGCAUUCAGUGGAUGGGGCAGUUUGUCCACUGGAGCAAAUGUGUGAUGUUGCCCACAAAUUUGGGGCCAUCACCUUUGUGGAUGAGGUGCACGCAGUCGGCCUAUAUGGGGCCAGAGGAGGAGGGAUCGGAGAUAGAGACAGAGUCAUGCACAAGAUGGACAUAAUCUCUGGUACUCUUGGCAAGGCAUUUGGCUGCAUGGGUGGAUAUAUUGCCAGCACCAAUUCUUUGGUGGACACAGUGCGUAGCUUCUCUGCAGGCUUCAUUUUCACUACUUCACUGCCUCCCAUGCUACUGGCUGGGGCCACAAAGUCCAUCAAGAUUCUUAAAAGUGAGGAGGGCCAGAUACUCAGAAGGAAACACCAGAUAAGCGUCAAGCUGCUGCGACAAUUACUGAUGGACUCUGGCCUUCCUGUGGUCCACUGCCCAAGCCACAUCAUUCCCGUGCAGGUGGCAGAUGCAGAAAAGAAUACAGAGAUUUGUGACAUCAUGAUGUCCCGUUAUAACAUCUAUGUUCAGGCAAUCAACUGGCCCACAGUGGCUAAAGGGGAGGAACUUCUCCGCAUUGCCCCCACGCCACACCACACGCCCGAAAUGAUGCGCUACUUUGUUGACUGUCUAGUAAAAACUUGGAAAGAAGUGGGCUUGGAGUUGCAGCCACACUUGUCAGCCGAGUGUAACUUUUGUCAGCAGCCUCUUCACUUCGAUGUGAUGAGUGAGCGGGAGAAAUCCUACUUCAAUGGCCUCAGUCAUUAGAGGUUGGCGGUAGGCUAUUCUCCACCAAUUUCUACUUUUUCUCAUAAGUCUACUUUUUUUUAAUUGUA